AUGCACGCAAGCACUGAGAAGUUUGCACCACAUGAGCGGGAGAAAUGUUACGGUUUGGGGCAGCAGAAGCGCGCCGGCCAUAUUUCACGAGUCGCGGGUUCAGUGGCAGGGGCGGUGCGCCGGUCACGACGGACGCGGGCUGCGCAGGUGGUGCUGGUGCAGGGGCACUACCUGUCGUUCCUGCCGCUGUGCUCUCGCAACGAGCCCGUCUUCCUGGCCACGUGUACGCCAGUCGCCAUGCCCGAGACACGCGAGUGCGUCGUCCAGGGUGCCACCAACGUCUUCACCUCCAUCCACGCCAUGGACAUGAAGUUCAUGCACAUCGAUAAGAACGGAGAGUUCCACCUGGGGUACCCACGCGCCGAGCUGCAGGGAGCGUCGUGGUAUCAGCUGCUGCACUGGGACUGCAUGCGGGAGGCGCAGACCAAGCACCGCCUCAUCACGCAGUCGGAGCAGGACCGGUCGUGCAUCCUGCUGCUGCGGCUGCAGCGGCGCGCCGGCGACUGGCUGUGGGUGCACUGCGUGCUGCAGGUGAAGGACAGCGUCGACAGCAGCCAGCAGCCCGUCAUCGUCUGCACCAACCAGGUCCUCAGCGACCGUGAGGCGGCGGUGAUGCGCGCGAACGGCUGGCUGUACCACUACUACAUGGUGCAGAGCAAGCUGCAGUACGGCCUCGCGCUGGAGGCUCACGCCGCUUCGCGCAUGGCGGCCGCAGCCUACUACCACCACGGCGCCCCGCAGCCGCCGCCCGCGCCGGGACCACAGGUUGUGUCGCCGUACCAGCAGCCAGUGCAGCAUCAGCCGCCGCCGCAGCAGCACGAGGCAGGGGUGGCGCCGCCGCAUCCACACGCCGCCUACCUGCACCACCAUCACCACCACCAUCACCACCACCACCACUUGUCCGCCGAUACCAGGGUGGAGAGCCCGGUGCCCGUGGACUACUCGCGACACGCCCACCACGAGCCGCCGCCCGCAGACGACGUGCACCGGCGGAAGCUGCCGCGCCUGCUGAAGCCCGUCUCGCCGGAGGCGGCGCUGCUGGCGGCGGCGGCGGGACGUGCCCGCGCUCACGUCAAGGCGGCCGCCGCCGACCCGGCGGACCUCAUGGAGCAGUGGAACCCCAGCCCGCCCUGGUCCGACACGGCGCUGCAGAAGGUGCCCGACAUCAGCCACCAGGAGCUGAGCCCGUACACGACGUGCACGCCGCCGACGCCGAGCGGCACCCCGGCGCACCCGUCGGCGAGCGCGUUCACGUUCGAGUGGUCGGCGGCGGGCGAGCAGUACGUGCCGAGCGUGGGGGCGGGAGCGCUUCCGCCGCUGGCCGCCGCCCCCGCGCCACCCCCUCACGAGGAGCCGCCGCCCUGGCAUCAGCUGCACCAGCCGCACCACCACCGCCUCUUCCCUCUGCAGCCGCCCCCGCACCCGCAGAGGCCGGCGCACUCGCCAGACGACACGACACCCGCCAAAGAGUGCUCUGCAUAA